GUGAGUUGAAUGUACACUUCUCUUCCAUCACCCCAGCUAUAAUGCGCACGGGUGUGGUAGCGGUGGCCCUGGUGGCCCUGGUGGCCCUAGCAGCCGCAAGAUACCAGACCAGUGUCCCCGACCAUGCUGCAGAAGAUGCUAGUGACAAUGUAGAACAAGAAGAUGUAGAAGACGCCACUGACAAUAAAAAACGAGACUUACUUUCAAAUUUAAAAUCUACAGUGGGUGGAAUGUCACCAUUUGGCAUGGGAGGGAAUCCAUUACUUGGUAAAGGUGGUGCAGGUACUGGCAUGGGAAUGGGAAGUGGCAGCGGUGGAAGUGGUAUUGGAAUGGGUGUUGGAAUGGGAAGCGGUAGUGGUGGUGCAAGUGGUAUUGGAAUGGGAAUGGGAAGUGGGAGUGGUGGGGGAAGUGGUACGGGAAUGGGAAUAGGAAUGGGAAGUGGUAGUGGUGGUGCAAGUGGUACCGGAAUGGGAAUAGGAAUGGGAAGUGGUAGUGGUGGUGUAAGUGGUACUGGAAUUGGAAUGGGAAGUGGGAGUGGUAGGGGAAGUGGCACUGGAAUGGGAAUAGGAAUGGGAAGUGGUAGUGGUGGAAGUGGUACUGGAAUGGGAAUGGGAAGUGGUAGUGGUGGUGGAAGAGGUACUGGAAUUGGAAUGGGAAGUGGGAGUGGUGGAGGAAGUGGCACUGGAAUGGGAAUAGGAAUGGGAAGUGGCAGUGGCGGAGGAAGUGGCACUGGUUUAGGAAUGGGCAGUGGCAGUGGUGGAAGUGGUACUGGAAUAGGAAUGGGCAGUGGCAGUGGUGGAAGUGGUACUGGUAUAGGAAUGGGAAGUGGAAGUGGUACUGGUAUAGGAAUGGGCAGUGGCAGUGGUGGAAGUGGUACUGGUAUAGGAAUGGGAAGUGGCAGUGGUGGAAGUGGUACUGGUAUGGGAAUGGGAAGUGGCAGUGGUGGAAGUGGUACUGGAAUAGGAAUGGGCAGUGGCAGUGGUGGAAGUGGUACUGGUAUAGGCAUGGGAAGUGGAAGUGGUACUGGUAUAGGAAUGGGCAGUGGCAGUGGUGGAAGUGGUACUGGUAUAGGAAUGGGAAGUGGAAGUGGUGGAAGUGGUACUGGUAUGGGAAUGGGAAGUGGCAGUGGUGGAAGUGGUACUGGAAUAGGAAUAGGUACUGGAACAGGUGGUGAUAAAGGGGGAAGUGGUAUAGGAAUGGGAAUGGGUACUGGAACAGGUGGUGAUAAAGGGGGAAGUAGUACUGGAAUAGGAAUGGGAAUGGGUACUGGAACAGGUGGUGAUAAAGGGGGAAGUGGUACUGGAAUAGGAAUGGGAAUAGGUACUGGAACAGGUGGUGAUAAGGGUGGUGGUACUGGAACGGGAAUUGGCAUGGGAGUAGGAAGUGGUAGUGAAGGGGGGAGUGGUACCGGAAUUGGAAUUGGCACUGGUGAAGGAAGUGGUAGUGAUGGGGGAAGUGGUACUGGAACUGGAAUUGGCAUUGGAGUAGGCAGUGGCGGUGACGGGGGAAAUGGCACUGGAAUAGGCCUUGGCACAGGAGUAGGAAGAGGCAGUGACGGGGGAAGUGGUACUGCAACGGGAAUUGGCACUGGAGUAGGAAGUGGAAGUGAUGGGGGAAGUGGUACUGGAGUGGGAGUGGGAGCCGUGGAAGCAAUUGGGACUGAUGGAGGAGAGACUUCUGGAACGGCAACUGGAAGCGGGAUAGGAGAGGGUGUUGACGGAGGGAAGGUCACUGAAAUUGGAAUCAGUUAUGGAAUAGGAACUAGCAGUGGUCUCGCCAACGAUACUGAAGAGGACACUGGCGAGGCAAGUGACACUCAAGUGGACACUGGCAAAGCAAAUGACACGCUAGUGGAAAAUGGAGCAAGUAACACGAAUGGGACGGCAAGUGGUGCAGAUAUGCUAGAACUAAGUGCUCCUGAAUAUCCUGAGUUGGAUCUACCAAAUGCAACAGAUUUAAAUAUACCACCAAUUAGUGCACCCGAGUUCUCACCCAUUGAAGCACCAGAUAUACCACCAAUUAGUUUCCCCGAAUUACCACCCAUCCAGCCACCAGAAAUGCUAGCAGUUAGUUUUCCCGAAUUACCACCCAUCCAGCCACCAGAAAUGCUAGCAGUUAGUUUUCCCGAAUUACCACCCAUCCAGCCACCAGAAAUGCCAACAGUUAGUUCACCUGAAUUAUCACCCAUCCAGCCACCAGAAAUGCCAACAGUUAGUUCAGCUGAAUUACCACCCAUCCAGCCACCAGAAAUGCCAGCAGUUAUUUCAGCUGAAUUACCACCCAUCCAGCCACCAGAAAUGACAACAGUUAGUUCACCUGGAUUAUCACCCAUCCAGCCACCAGAAAUGCCAACAGUUAGUUCACCUGAAUUACCACCCGUCCAGCCACCAGAAUUACCAACAGUUAGUUCAGCUGAAUUACCUCCCAUUCAGCCACCAGAUAUGCCAAGUAUAAAUGGCAGUGAUUUUGGAGUUGUUACCGAAUUAGGUGUAAGUAAUGCUGAUAUGGGAUCUGACUACGGAGCAGUAGGUAACACCGCAAGUUACACUAAAGAUGUAAGUAGGAAACUGGGUGAUUUAGAAGCACCAGCAUUUCCAUCCGUGCCAGUACCAAGUCUGCCAUAUCCAGAUGCACCAGAGCUGGAUAUCCCUGAAAUUCUAUCCAUUGAGGUACCAGGAGAGCUAGACAUGAACGGUACAGAUGUAUUUGAAAUAGAGGACCCAGAAUAUCUGUCCAUUGAGGUACCAGGUGAGACAGAGGUAAAUGGAACAGAUAUAUUUAAAAUAGAUAUCUCUGAGUUUCCAUUAAUUGAGGUACCAGGUGAGCCAGAUGGAACAAGUAUUCCUGAAAUUGAUAUCCCUGAAUUUUCGUCCAUUGAAGUAUCAGGUGAGCUAGAUGUAAAUAGAACAGGUAUUCCUGAAACUGAUACCCCUGAAUUUUCAUCCAUUAAGGUACCAAGUGAACUAGAUAUAAAUGGAACAGGUAUUCCUGAAAGUGAUAUCCCCGAAUUUCCAUUAAUUAAAGUAGGUGAGUUAGAUGCCAAUGCAACAGAUACAGUUAAAAUAAAUAUCCCUGAAAUUUCAUCCAUUCAGGACCCAGGUGAUCUAGACAUGAACGGAACAAAUAUUCUCGGAAUAGAUAUCCCUGAAUAUCCCUCCAUUCAGGAACCAAAAGAGCUGAAAGAACCAGAUACUCCCGCACUAGAUAUCCCUGAAAGUUCACCUAUUCAGGUACCAGAAGAACUAGAAAUGAAAACACUAGAUGCACCCGCAUUAAAUAUCCCUGAAUUUCCACCCAUUCAGGUACCAAAAAUGCCAGAUGUAGGUGUGGAUAUUCAGUCAAUGUUAUUUCCAUCCAUUUUGCAACCACUUGCAAGUAAAGGAGAGAGGCGAAGAAAACGCUCAAGAUGUGGUGAACAUAAUAGAAGCUUUAAGUGUUCUAAUCGACUUAACAAGAGAGAUGACACGAAUCAAAGGACUGGAACAUCAUGGCAGCCCUCAGGAACUGGGGUCAAUGACCGGCCAAUACCACCUCUCCAUAAAAGGCUCCUGCAGCAGUGAGAACACACACAAAAUGUGACAUAGUUGAUGCAGGCAUCCUUAAAGCAACUCCAUGUUAACGCAAGCAUCUUGAAGCCAUCCUACGGUUUACACAAGUUUUCAAGCUGAUUCAAGUAUCCUUAAAGCUAUCCUAUGAGCUGAUGUUGGCCUUCUUCAAGUUAUCCUAUGGCUAACGAAAGUAUCGAUCAAGUCCUCCUACGACAGACGCACGCAUCCUCCAGAUUUUGCUACGAACGAUACUAGUAUUAUUUAAUCAGUCCUAUGGUUCACGCAUGCAUCCUUCAAGUAAUGAUAUGGUUGGAACAAGCCUUCUUCUUCAAGCAAUCCUACAGCAGAUAAACAGAAAAAAGAAUUCUUUGAGACAUCCUAUAGCUGACACAAAAAACAUUUUCCGUGUCAUCCUAAGAAUGACGAAAGCGUCCAUCACGCACUAAUUCGAUUAACGAAGACAUCCUACAAGCUAUCCUAUGGCUUAAGCCAACAUUCUUCAAGCUACCUGUUGUCCUUUUCCCCGCAGCCUCAAAUUUCCACUUGUCUUUCAUUAAUAGUCCUCUCCUUCCAUCCAGCAGCAUCUUGUAAUUAUUGUCAAUAAUUCUUUGUCAAUAAUGUUUUCACAUUUCAAUUUUGGUUUGUAUAUAUUUGAGAAGAAUGACAAAAACUCGCCUAAUCACUUAUUGUCCCAAAAUGUAUUUUUUUUCUUUUUAAUAUUUCUUGUACAGAAUGUUUCUCCCACUUUAUUUCAUUUAAGUAAUUUUACAUACUUAUGCAUGAAUGUACUGUGGAUACAUGUAUCUAUAAAUAUAUUAAUAUGUAUGUAUUUAUGUACGAGUAACAAGUUUGCAACAGAAAUAACGUUGAAUAACAGUCAAUUAUGUAUUGGGAGGGAGGUGACGAGUAUGGCAUAUGUAGCAGUUUCUUAUCUCUAUGGACGAGAUUUUUUCAGUCGAAAUAUGGAGACAGCAGAAGUAUUGGAGAUGCAGAUAUGAGGUGAUUAGUCAUUUCGCAUAGAGCAGAAAUAAAUUUGAGGUGGUCAGUCCUUCAGCCUUGGUGUAUGUUCAGUUGAACAGCUUCGAUGAAAGUGAAGCUCAAGCUUGAGAAAGAAGCUUUUAACACUACCAGAAAUGAGGCAGGGCCCACAAGUGAAAGAAAGAAGAGGAAUUAAAGAACACCGCAGCAGCUACUGGCCCAUGCUAGGCAGAUCCUCAAAACCCAGUCUUCUAACGCCUGACUAGUGGGUAAGGAGCAAAAUAGUGGCACUGUGUUGCCGUACCAGACAAAUAUCUUGGUACUGGGGACAUCUACAGCUUCAUUAUUCAUCCACUAAUUAUGAGUGAGAAGAUCUGGUUUUGAGGAUUUACCUAGCAUGAACCAGUACGCUUGUUGCAGAGCUUAAUUCCUCUGUUUUCUAAUGCUUCAGGUAACUUAACAAUUAAAUAAGUCUCCGCUGC